CAAGCGAACAUGUUAAGGUGACUUUUGGGGAAGAAUAUUCAAAUAAAUGUACCAAUUCUCAAGUCAACUCCAUUCGCAUCGUCAUCCCCUGCUGCUGCUCUUGCUCCUUCAAUAAUGUCGAUGAUCACUGGUAUUCAGGGCCACCUCCUUGAAGUCACAGUCGUGGGUUGCAACAAAUUGAAGGACACCGAAUGGAUUUCCAGGCAAGAUCCCUACGUUUGCCUCGAAUACGCUAGCAACAAGUUCCGUACCCGCACCUGCACAGAUGGUGGAAAAAACCCUACGUUUCAAGAGAAAUUCACCUUCACGCUGAUUGAAGGGCUUCGAGAACUCAAUCUUGUGGUUUGGAACAGCAAUACCCUAACUUACGACGAUUUCAUUGGCAGCGGAAAGGUUCAAUUGCAAAAGGUUCUUUCUGAGGGUUACGAUGAUAGCGGUUGGCCGCUACAGACUAAAACUGGCCGACAUGCAGGAGAAGUAAGACUCGUACUGCAUUAUCCAAAUGCCAAAAAGCCAGCUGCAAGCUAUGCUCCAUCAGCUCCACCAUAUGUAGCACAGGGUGCCCACCACGCUCCCAUGUAUUCUACACCACCGCAAGCAUCUGUAGCCCCUUAUUAUACACCACCAGCUGCUACUUACCCGGCGCCAUCGCCAUACACUUCAUACCCACCCAAUUCAGCUGCGUAUCCACAAGCUUCAUAUCCUCCACCUCAGCCAGUUGCUUAUCCUUCACCAUACCCACCACCUUCAGCAUAUCCCUCACCAUCAUAUCCACCACCCCCACAGGCCUCGCCCUAUUAUCCUCCAGGUGCGUACCCAGGAAUCUAUCCUCCACCACCAUACUGAGCCAAAGCAUCUGGAGUGAAGAAACAAGGUCUGCAGUUUAGCGAUACACUGUGUAGGUCUAUGCUCUUCUUCAUCAUCCAGGUUUCAAUGCUUCUGAUGACAAAUUUUUCUGGUGCUUGUUAGUGAAAAUUGUUGAUAUGUUGUGUUUUCAGUAUGUUUUCAUAACAUUUAUUUUAUUUGCCCUUUUAGCUAGGCCCUUUUUUGUUGUUGUUGUUGGGUUGUCUGUAAGGUGUGUUGUUGUUAAAUGGUGGACACACAGUUCAUUAGAUUUGAGGAGUUGUGUUUAAAUCAUUUGUUCUUGGUUAUUUCAAAAAACUGUUGGGAUUGCAAAA